UGCCGAGCUAUCGAUUCGCGUCUUCUCCCUCCGCCGCCGUGCCAUGAAAUGUAGCCGCUUUCCUCUCCACCCUCCCAAUCUCGCAUUGGAUGGAUUUAGGUCGCGCCACCCUGCCCGGAAUGUAGGGUUAGUUCGGGGUCAGCAACGGAGGCGGCGGCCACCGCGAGAGGAGGAGGAGCACGGCUUCACGCAUCGGCGCAUCUCCGUCGCUCCCCGCGCCGGAGACGAGUGCACAAGUGGCGGGAUGGGACGCCGUCCUGCCGUGCUACGGGUGAUGUGUCGGCGACCGUCGGGGUUACUCAAACGCAGGAGACUGUCGUGUCCCAAACUGAACUUGCAGAUCCUGCAAAAAGUGCCUGCUGCUCCCUUACGGAAGCAAAGAUGGUGGAAGCUCCCCGGCUCAGUUGGCAACGAAGAAACGAAGGAUCACAUUUCUGCUGAGGCCGAUGACCACCGUGGCACCGCUGUUAUGCUCAGAUUUAUCUCUGCCUUUGGCUGUUGGGUUUGUUAUUUCUGCCCAUGUCAUGUUAAGCUGAUGGAUGUUGCUUCAGCUAUUUUGAUGGAUGUAAGAGUGGGCUUGGACGUUGUUUCGUUUCUAUGAAAGCGAACAGGGCGAAAGGCCUUUCGAUCUACAAAAUGUGGCAUUAGGUGAUUUCAUUUGCAUAGUAUAUUGAUCUGGUGGCCGCGCGGUGUAUAUUAAUAUGGCCGGCUGCCACUGGAGUUGGUUACAGAAAAUUUGAUUCUCAACAUAUCACAGAAUAUUUUUGCACAGAAGAUUACAAAACUUGUACACACCAAACAUUUGGCACGUUGUUAGCUUGGUGCUACUACUCACCAGCUAGCAGCAGCCUAGAGAGGUCAACACUCAACACUGCCAUCAUCUUCAGAGGGAAAAGGGGCGCCAUUCUAGGGAAUUUAUUUUUGGAUAUCUGGCCUUUUUUCUUCGAGGAAAUUUUCGAAUAUGGGUGCGGCCUUUUGUAGCCAAACAAAGCAGUUCUUCUAGUUUCUUCUCCUCUGGCUCAACAAGGUACAAUUGAUGAUCACUGACGAGUACAGUUUCCCCUUCAGCUUUGGGUUUAUUUGAUUUUCAUGAGGCACUGUGAUCUUUGUGUUCCGAGUAAGCGUUCAAAUUUCCGUGCGUCACUCUAGAUAAUUUCAUGGCAUUCAGACUUUCUGAUGUUUGCUCCAGUACUGGUAUUUGUAGUAUCUGUUCUUUGUCUGCUCCUUCAUGAAAAAGGACACCAGUUCAUUGUCCUAACUACAGUUUCGUGUUCAUAAUUUGUGCAGGGCUGCAACAGGAGCUUAUCCACUUCGAAGUGCAAUUCAGCAAUAGAGAUUGCAUGCCCAGAUGGGUUCCUUCACAAAUGGUGGGGCAGCUGAUUCUGCAAGUCCUGUGACCCCCUUCACUAAAGCUGGGUUCUUCAGCAAGAUCUCAUUUUGGUGGUUGAAUCCUCUACUGAAGGUGGGCUACAAGAAACCCCUUGAGGACAAAGACAUACCACUUCUAGGCGCCACAGAUCGAGCACACAACCAGUACAUGAUGUUCAUGGAGAAGCUGAAUGGCAAGAAGCAGUCGCCGCCACAUGACCCACCAUCAUUCUUAUGGACUAUUGUUUCUUCUCACAAGCGUGCCAUCUUGGUCUCCGGUUUCUUUGCUUUGCUCAAGGUUCUCACCUUGUCUACAGGCCCAAUAAUUCUCAAGGCAUUCAUCAAUGUCUCACUUGGGAAAGGGACCUUUAAACACGAAGGCUAUGUGCUCGCUGCGUUACUGUUCGUCUGCAAAUGCUGUGAAUCAUUGUCACAGAGACAGUGGUAUUUCCGCACUCGGAGAUUAGGACUGCAGGUGAGGUCACUCCUAUCAGCAGCUAUUUAUAAGAAACAACAAAAGCUAUCGAAUGCAGCAAAAAUGAAGCACUCUUCUGGAGAAAUUAUGAACUAUGUGACCGUCGACGCGUAUCGGAUUGGGGAAUUCCCAUACUGGUUCCAUCAAUCAUGGACAUCUAGUGUUCAACUCUGCAUUGCUCUGGCAAUUCUAUACAAUGCGGUUGGUGCUGCAAUGAUUUCAUCUUUAGUUGUCAUUAUUAUCACUGUACUGUGCAGCGUUCCAUUGGCCAGACUGCAACACAAAUUUCAGAGUAAACUUAUGGAAGCACAAGAUGUGAGAUUGAAGGCCAUGUCUGAGUCAUUAGUUCAUAUGAAGAUCUUGAAACUUUAUGCAUGGGAAGCUCACUUCAAGAAGGUCAUCGAGGGAUUGAGGGAGGUUGAGUACAAGUGGUUGUCUGCAUUCCAGCUUAGGAGGACCUACAACGGUUGCCUGUUCUGGUCGUCUCCUGUUUUGGUGUCAGCGGCGACCUUUGUAACAUGCUAUCUUUUGAAAACCCCUCUUGAUGUUAGCAAUGUUUUCACCUUUGUGGCUACUCUACGUCUUGUGCAAGACCCUGUUAUAUUGAUGCCGGAUGUUAUUGCUGUUGUGAUACAAGCUAAGGUUGCUUUCACUCGGAUAUCAAAGUUCCUUGAUGCACCUGAGCUAAACGGACAAGUUAGGAAGAAAUACUAUAGUGGCAUUGAUUAUCCUAUAGUGAUGAAAUCGUGUAGCUUCUCGUGGGAAGAGAAUACAUCAAAACCAACUCUAAAGAAUAUAAAUCUGGUAGCCAAAGCUGGAGAAAAAAUAGCAAUAUGUGGAGAGGUAGGUUCAGGUAAGUCGACGCUUUUGGCUGCUGUACUCGGAGAGGUCCCCAGAACUGAAGGCAUGAAUGCAUGGAUCCAAACAGGAACCGUGCAAGACAAUAUUCUCUUUGGAUCGCUGAUGGACGGGGAAAGAUACCACAACACAGUCGCGAGGUGCUCGUUGGUCAAGGACCUUGAAAUGUUGCCAUAUGGAGAUUGCACACAAAUUGGGGAGAGAGGAGUAAAUCUUAGUGGCGGUCAGAAGCAGCGCGUUCAGCUUGCUCGUGCACUAUACCAAAAUGCAGACAUCUAUCUUCUUGAUGAUCCUUUCAGUGCUGUUGAUGCUCAUACAGCCACAAGUCUCUUUAAUGAAUAUGUCAUGGGUGCUCUAUCAGACAAGACUGUUCUUUUGGUGACACACCAAGUGGAUUUUCUACCUGUAUUUGACUCCAUUUUGUUAAUAUCAGACGGAGUGGUCAUUCAGUCUGCACCUUAUCAAGAUCUAUUGGCAGAUUGUGACGAAUUUAAAGACCUUGUAAAUGCCCAUAAAAAUACUAUUGGUGUUUCAGAUCUUAAUAGCAGUAUAUCCCCUCAAGGAUCUAAGGAAGUAUCAAUAAAGGAGACGGAUGGUAUUCAUACAGAGUCUGUGAAGCCAUCGCUGGCGGAUCAACUGAUAAAGAAAGAGGAAAGAGGAACAGGGGAUGCAGGUGUUAAGCCUUAUAUGCUUUACUUGCACCAGAACAAAGGAUUCCUGUAUUUAUCUUUUUGUAUCAUUUCUCACAUGAUUUUCAUUGCUGGACAAAUAUCACAAAAUGCAUGGAUGGCUGCUAAUGUCCAAAAUCCUCAUGUUACUACACUGAAGUUAAUUUCUGUGUACAUCAUUAUCGGAGUUUGCUCGAUGUUUUUCUUGCUAUCAAGAUCUUUAUCAGUCGUUGUUCUUGGGAUUCAGACAUCAAGAUCCUUAUUUUCCCAGUUACUCGAUUCAUUGUUCCGUGCACCUAUGUCCUUUUUUGAUUCUACUCCUCUAGGACGGGUUCUUAGCCGGGUCUCUUCUGAUUUGAGUAUCGUUGACCUCGAUGUUCCAUUUGCCUUCCUGUUUAGCCUUGGUUCCAGCAUAAAUGCAUAUAGCAAUUUAGUGGUAUUGGCUGUUGUUACAUGGCAAGUUCUGUUUGUGUCCAUUCCAAUGAUAGUUUUAGCAACUAGGUUGCAGGUAAUUGGUAUGAAGUUGUUUCUGUGGUUAAACCCUAUGUUUCUUUAUUCUAAGCCUCAUACCUAUGAUUAUUUGAAUUCAUUCAUCAAGUGA